UUGGAAAGCAGUUUCUUAAGUCAAAGUCCAAAAUGCGUACUCAGAUGGUUUUAGCUCUGUUGGCCUUCCUGGCUGUAAGUUUUGUGGCUGCCCGUCCAGCUGAGUAUGGAGAAACUGCUGCUGUUGUUGAUGGCGACGCUGACACCGAUAACGCGGAUGCGGUUGAAGAAGAGAGCCAGGUGGGAGCAGAUGAAGACUCCAGUGAAGAUGAAGAUGCUAUAGACGAAGAUUCUGAAGACGAAGACACUAAUAAAGAUGAGGCUGAUGAGGAAGAUGGCAACAAUGAAGACACAGGAGAGAACAAUGCUAUAACAGUUCCGGCUCCCAAGAAGAAAAGUCCUCCAUUUUGGCCCAGGCUCGGAGGACAUGGUCCAGUUGUUUUCCAUGCCAGGCCUCGGUUUCUCGCCGUUGCUUAAAAUGUAUAAUUCGGUCAGACUAUAGCGAUGUGUUUGAAUUUCUUUGAAUAAAACGAAAACUUUCUUUUGACAGAAAA